AUGUAUUUCGGAGGCGAGGACAUUGAAGUGUCCAAGAGAGAAGCCGUCAAGCGUCAUUCAGCAUCAGCUCGCGUGGUUGCCACCCAGCUCGCAGCAGAAGGGACCGCGAAGCUCGAAGUCUCCCAGUGCCUAUGUCUUACAGCACUGGGGCAUAUCCUAGCCGGGGAAGGAGGAUUAGCUUGGAUGACCCUAGGACUUGCUACUAGAUUGGAAGUCAUGAGAAUCAGUCAACCAGAGCAGUCCAAGACCAGUGUGGAUAGGGAAGCCAGCUCAAGGUGUUAUUGGAGCAUUCGCUCUCUGGAAAACGGAUUUGCGCCACAGUCAUUCCCUCAGUUCCAGGACCUUCAUGCCCCCGCCUACCCCCCAGACAUGGAGGCGCCUCAGCCAGUUGACAAGGGAAGGCGACAGUCUGUUCACGACCUUGCACUCAUGGAUGAUGAGUGCAUCCAAGGCAGUGGGAUAUUUGCCCACAGUAUCCGAGUCAUGUCGUCCUGGCGGGAUGUCAGUAAGUGGUUGCACGAUAUUCGACAUGGAAACGCGGAGAAGCCUUGGCUGCCAACCUCAAAGUUUGCCGAGUUGACUCAACACCUUUACGACUUGGAAAACAACCUCGACUACAAGCACUGCUUCAGGAAUGCCAGGCUACCCGAUCGCUCGUUGGAUGAGCUGCACAGGGACCAGGAAUAUUGGCGAUGUUGGAUGCUAUACCAUGUUCGAUUCCAUGCGUGUUUAGCUCUGUUGAACCACCCCUUUGUGCAUCUAGUAGCUUUGAGGAACGGCAACCGCUCGCCAUCGCCGCGUAGCUUUUUGCAGAUUGUUGUCGACCAGGCGCUAUACCAUUCAAGUUGGGUCAUACGACUCAUCAACAUGUGUAUCGAAAUCGGAUUUGACAUCCAUGACCCCUUCACUAGUGACAUUGUUAUUGCUGUGGCAACUGUCCCUUGGAUCAUGCAGUAUGCUCGAGACCAAAAGGUCGCAGCUCACUCGAAAGAGAACCUCAGUCAAUGUCGCAGUUUCCUCAGUAAUUUGUCGCAGUCCUGGCCUCGGGUCGUUCAAAAGUUGGCCACACUCGACCAGCUACAGUCCAUGACGGACUGUGCAACCUCGCAAAACACCAUCAGCUUCAAGCCCGCCCAGCUCUGGCAGCUCCUCGACCCAUGCAUCUCGGAACUGUCAGCACAAAGGAAUGCAAACUCACAGAGCGCCUCUGACCAAAGUACCACGAUGCGGGUCCAUACCACCUUUAUCCACCCUCUAGUCGAUGAAGAAGCAUCCGGCGAAGUCCCCAAGACAGUUUCUGAAGCUCCGUUCUCCUUGGAGUUGUCCGCCGAGAUGGGUCAGCAGUUCCUGUUUGACGACUUCUUCUUGCAGCCGCUGCAUCUAGACCAGACAUGGAUAGAUAUCGGACCUAGCAUGAACAUUACUUAG